CAUGGCCUUGUUUUGUAUGUCGUCAUGCUGAAGGCAGGUGGCAAACGCAAAGGAGGGCAUGUCCAAACAUGGAAGGAGGUGGAGUUUCUGAGCAGGUAGAAGCAUUAGGGAGUCUCCCAGUCAGAGAUAGCUGCAAAUAACUGCAUGAAUACAUAUCUCCGAGGAGAGUUAAACGGCUGUACUGCUAGAGAAGAGUCUACGAUGGAAACUGAGGAGGAAAAGCAGAGGCCUGCUCAUGGCCAGCUGAUCUCUGUACCUCACAAGGAUACCAUCCGUCUCCUGGAGGUGUACGUCAAGCGCAGCCUCAGCCUAAAUGAAAGCGCGCUGAGGGAAAGGCGGCCUGAGAGGAAAGAAAAGUGGGUGACCAUCCCAAAGAGGCAAAGGCGCUCCUCCAGCGAUCCCUCACUUAUCUUAGCUGAUGACUUACAUCCCAGGAAAAGCAACGAGAUUUCAGAGGAUGAGGUUGAAGCACCGACGAAUCAGCCUGAGAGACACCCCGAUGAAUCUGAGAAACCGACCAAAAAGUCAAAGAAGAGCAAGAAACCCUCAUUUUGGAAGAAUGUUCUUGGGUUUUUCUCUAGGAAGAACAACGAAGACAAGGAUGAAGAGCAAGAAAGUCCACCAGAGGCAUCCGGUACCCCAGACACUCCAGCCAGUUCACAAAACAAACCUUUGAGAAGGAAGUCUUUAAAGAGGCGGCUAUCAAAAAGGAAACUGUCGAUCAGAUUGAGCAAAUCUGGUAAAGACCUCAAUUCAACCAAAUUACCUGGAGUGGAAGCUGUCAUCAGCGUAGAACCUACGUACUCCUACUACGAAAAAGUGUCCGAAGAACUGGAAAAAAUUGUGCAUGAGGUCAAAGUAAAAGAGGAAGUUGAAACUCUUUCAAAUGAGGACCUAAUUAACAGGAUCAUCGCUUUGACGAAGGAGCACGGUGAUGCCAUAGAUUACAAGCUCAAAGAUAACCCCACCCUGAACAAAUUCUUCCAGCAGAUGUCUUAUUCCUCCUUCCAGAAGCUGGCAGAUGCAUAUCUGGAGAAGGAAGCGACGCCGGCCCAAAGUCCUCCCACCGUGCUACCUACGGCGCCUGAGCUGGUCAAACUGGCCUUCACUCUCGACUUCACCGCCAGGAUAGCCAGCCUCUCCAAACACAAUGUCUGCCACAUUACUGGUCUCGGGAAUCGUUAUCUCCAGGACCGAUUUGAAUACAAGCAGGCCUGCACAGAUCAUCCAUGGUCCGACACUGAUGACUGAGAUGCUGCUACGAAAAACUAAUAAGGAACCGUUUACAACCUUCCGGAGUUCCACAGAUGUUAUUAAGGACUCGCACAAGCCAAUCAUCUCACAAGCCCCCCAUUUACGGAAACAAAGGGGGGCCCCCAACUCAAAAAUCCUGUGAUCAGGCAUUCAAAUCAUUUCAGCUUUUUAAAGAACUCUAAUCGAUUGCAGCUGAAAAGAAAUGUGGUGCAACAGGUUGCUUACCAAGAUCUGCGUAUGUUUUUGUGCAGUUCUGUUUUCUCACACGAAAGAUCGAUUUACAGAUUAAAGUCUUAGGCAGCACACUCACAAGGCAUUAUACUGCACUGACUAAGAAAAAAAAAAAAAAGCACUACGUCAGUCACAGGUUGGUGAUAAUGUGAGUGACACAGAUGUGGUGUCCUGUCACCAGAUGAAAUGGUGGUGCAGUAACAUUUCAUGUACAUAAGCUAGACAACUUUGGAGAACUUUUUCCAAACCCUUUUCAUGUUGUAUCUGUUGUGAAUGCUGGCAUUCAUGUUAUCA